AUGGAGAGGGUGCGACGGGUCCACCGGCGUCGAGGUGGUGCGCCGGACAGCUAUAUUAUGGAGUGCGACGGGACCACCGGCGUCGAGGUGGUGGGCCGACGCCAGAUCGCUAUGGAGAAGGUGCGACGGGUCCACCGGCGUCGAGGUGGUGGGCCGACGCCAGAUCGCUAUGGAGAGGGUGCGACGGGUCCACCGGCGUCGGAGUGGUGCGCCGGACAGCUAUAUUAUGGAGUGCGACGGGACCACCGGCGUCGAGGUGGUGGGCCGACGCCAGAUCGCUAUGGAGAAGGUGCGACGGGUCCACCGGCGUCGAGGUGGUGCGCCGGCGCUAGAUCGUUAUGGAGAGGGUGCGACGGGUCCACCGGCGUCGAAGUGGUGCGCCGGCGCCAGAUAACUAUGGAGAGGGUGCCACGGGUCCACCGGCGUCGAGGUGGUGGGCCGACGCCAGAUCGCUAUGGAGAGGGUGCGACGGGUCCACCGUCGUCGGAUUGGUGCGCCGUACAGCUAUAUUAUGGUGUGCGACGGGUCCACCGACGUCGAGGUGGUGGGCCGACGCCAGAUCGCUAUGGAGAGGGUGCGACGGGUCCACCGGCGUCGAGGUGGUGCGCCGGACAGCUAUAUUAUGGUGUGCGACGGGUCCACCGGCGUCGGAUUGGUGCGCCGGACAGCUAUAUUAUGGUGUGCGACGGGUCCACCGACGUCGAGGUGGUGGGCCGACGCCAGAUCGCUAUGGAGAGGGUGCGACGGGUCCACCGGCGUCGGGGUGGUGCGCCGGCGCCAGAUCGCUAUGGAGAGGGUGCGACGGGUCCACCGGCGUCGAGGUGGUGCGCCGGACAGCUAUAUUAUGGUGUGCGACGGGUCCACCGGCGUCGGAUUGGUGCGCCGGACAGCUAUAUUAUGGAGUGCGACGGGUCCACCGGCGUCGGAUUGGUGCGCCGGCGCCAGAUACCCAUGGAGAGGGUGCGACGGAUCCACCGGCGUCGGAUUGGUGCACCGACGCCAGAUCGCUAUGGAGAGGGUGCGACGGGUCCACCGGCGUCGAGGUGGUGCGCCGGACAGCUAUAUUAUGGUGUGCGACGGGUCCACCGGCGUCGGAUUGGUGCGCCGGACAGCUAUAUUAUGGAGUGCGACGGGUCCACCGGCGUCGGAUUGGUGCGCCGGCGCCAGAUACCCAUGGAGAGGGUGCGACGGAUCCACCGGCGUCGGAUUGGUGCACCGACGCCAGAGAGGAAAGUCAGACAGAUAGUGAACUUAACGAAGUUUUAUGAAAGUUGA